ACGUACUCGAGAGAGAAAGAAAGAUAUGGCGAAACCUCACCAGGCAACUACAAUCAUGAAGGCAUUACCAAAAUUCCGCCACUGUUGCCAGCUAACGACUUGAAGGAUUUACCUAACACCACUACCGACUGACCAAAUAACCAAGCAACAACUGGUUCGAAUACUUUUCUAGUUGUCUUUCCCGCAGAACCGUUCCAGGGUAUCUUCUGGAAAGGCAUGGACAUAAUUCACUCCUCGUCUACCUCCUCAAUUGUUGAUUAUCUUGCUGCGUCAGAGUUCGUUUUUAUGCGGUUAUUUUCUUCCUACGGAAUUAGCUGACAUUUAUUUCAUUUACCAUUUAAAUAUCCUUUACGCAUACACAAGCAUAACAAACUAUUUAUUUCUUUUUAUCUCUUUGUCAAGUGAUUUUUUUAAAGAAAAAUAUUCUUUUGGGGGAAGUCGGACUUAUUCGUUUGCUUGAAAUGUUUACAUGUCCUCGUCUCUCGCUAUAUAUCUGAUACAGCUGAAAUACGAGCAAAAAAAAGCAAGGAAUUAUUACAUUAGUUUGACAGACAGAAGCACCGUUCAUAGAGUGGAAGAUGAAAUGAUUAAUUUAAACAGAUAUUCGCUAUUCAGAGCCCAACAAGAAAGAUAUAUGUGCCAGCGAAUUGCUUCUCGUAUCGAAAUUAUGUGAAGCUCGGAAACAAUAAUUGCUGUAUACACACAAGGAAAUAUUUAUUUAUAUAUAUAUAUAUAUAUAUAUAUAUAUAUAUAUAUAUAUAUCGGAGGGAAAAACAUAUAUGUAUAUAUAUAGUUGGUCUAUUUUAGCUGUGACUGUCUGCACAAACAGUUUGUGUUUUGUCUACCGAAAUAGUUUUAUUUCUUAAUUUGUCCGAAGAAGGGAACGGUUAUCGUUUUAGUAGUUAAGUUUAUCAUGAAAGCACCUUGAAGAAGCAAUUAACGCAAUGCAUAUUUUGUUUCUCGCAUAUUUAUCGAUAUAAUAUAUAUGUUUUGUGUGUUUAUCUUUAAAAUUUUCCUCCGAUCUAUGCUGAGUUUUAAGUUUAUAAAAUGAUCAACCGUCAUUCUUAGCAUGUCAGAUAAAGGAUGGGAGAUUAAAUACUGGACGUUUAUGUAUCUCUGUAGCAGAGGUGGAGAAUGUUGGUGCGAUGGAAGUGGGGAGGAAAAGAAAACGAGAUAAUCAGGGGUUGUUAGUAAAACUAUGAAUGGGAGACAGGACUGAGAUGUUUUGUUUGUUGUUGGUUGGGUUGAGACAGACUUUAACUGACUGACACUAAAAAGCAAAGUCCCGAUCAGAGAGGGACGAAAGAGAGAGAGAAGUAGGGAAGUUAGGAGGGGCAGCUGACAACGAAGAAGGAUAUAACAGGGACGAAAAAAUAGUAAGGGACUAACUAUCAUUGAAGCCGUCCACAACCUUCAAACACACACACACCCACUUGUUGGUAAUGGUUCUUAGUAGCUUGUGAUGUUCGCAUAUUUCUUAGUUGUCAGUUGAAAAUGUGAAUGGGGGGCUAGAUUCGGUGCUGAGCAGAGGACAUUGUUGAAGUGAGUAUGUAAUAAUUGUUAAUAGGUAGGUAGGUAGGUAUGUAGGUACGUAGAUAGGUAGGUAGGUAUGUAUGUAGACAGACAGAUUGUUUUAAGCUAGGUAAGGUAACAAAUAUUCAGAGAUUGUAGUUAAUGGUGGUAGUAUUGUUUUGUGUACAGUCAACUAAUAACAAUCUUAUCCAAACAUAAACUCUACCACACACACACACACAGUAAUUAAUUUCUCUCUUUUCAACUUUUCUCUGAAGAAGAUCUCUGUCCGAAACGUUGGAUUUUCCACUCUCCACGGCAACUUUUUGUACUUUUUUUUUCUUCAUCAAUUUUAUUCAAUAAUACAAGUCCUGCUGGCAGAUCAACAACUGCCUCUUUCGAGUCUGUUUGACCGUAUAAAUAUAUAAACUUGACAUUCGGAACAGUACAGUACAAACGAGAGGAACCCCUCUCAGCGUAGACGUAAAUCACAGGAUAAAAAGACUAUUUUGAAGUGGCUAAAUGAACCCACUGUUUUACUAUAAGGAAGUGAGGUCAGUCUCUGUGUCAUCAUCAACAAUGUAGAAUCUCUAAAUACUUCCUUGUCAACCAAUCUUUCUCUUUCUCUCUCUCAUACAUACACACUCAAACACACACACAUAUAUAUAUAUUCGUUUAUACACCACCAUAUAUUUUAAAGAACCCGUUUCACACAGCCAGUAAGCACUGCUGGUAGCCCACCAUUUUACCAUGGGGCGACGGAACCUUUUAAAUUAUAUUCGAUUCGAUAAUUGGAACCCAGAACAAGUAGCUGCCUGGUUACGAGUAGUCCACAAAAACCUGUCUGGUCAUGGGGAAAAAAAGAAAUCACUUUGCUUGGGAACAGGCAAGGGUUGGUGACAGCCAAGGCAUGAAGCUAUAGAGAAUUUGCCUCGAUAGACUCCAUCAAACCCAUACUAGCAUGGCUAAGGGUCUGGAUGAUGUUGUUCUACCAUAUGUCCAGUAUUUCUUAAACAGUGGCAUUGAUGGUAAGAAAUUGUUCAUGAUGUCCAAUUUUGACCUGGAGAAACUCAACGUCACCAAGGUUGGUCACCAAGAAUUGAUCCUGGAAUCUAUUGGAUUAUUGCUAACAUUGCGGUAUGGAUUUGAAUCUGAAAACCUGCAGUCUUUGGCGCUUCAGCUGAGUGUGAAAGCUCGGUGUUUGGUUGCUGUGUUAAAUAAACAAUUAGCUGAAGAAGCAGCAAACAAGAGCAAUGUCUCUUCCAACAGACGGGAUUCCUCAAAACAAACCAUUUCUGUACCUAUUCUCUCUGCAGUCUGUGAUAUUAUCAGUUCUCUGAAACCAAUUGUGACCUGGCUUGACCGGUCUCCAUUUGAAGGGAUGUACGACCUACAGUUAUUUCGCAAGUCGAUUGUGAAGUUGGGACUUCAGUUGUUGGACAUCUCCCUUCCCUGUAAGAAUAAAAUUCAAGAUUAUGAAAACUCCAUGCUGAAAUCUUGUGCAUCUCUAGCAACUAUUUGUGAUGACAUUGUGACUAAGUCAAAAGAUCCUUUAGAAUUCCAACCAGCUUCAUUGGAACUUGCCACCAUUACUAAGAAACCAGAUGAAAAAACAUUGGGCCUUCACAUUGUGUCUUAUCAUGGCAUCCAUGUUAUUGGGGACAUCAAGGAACUGUCGCCUGCCAAACUUAGUGGCAAGAUUAUGAAAGGAGAUGAAGUGAUUCAAGUGAACAAUCAGAUAGUGGUUGGCUGGCAAUUAAGGAAACUCGUUUCGAAUGUGAAAGAGAAACCGAAAGAAGUCGUGCUUUUACUUAAGAAGCGUCCUCACCACACCAACCCGUUUGGACACAUCCCCAACCGACGCAAGAUCUCAAACAAACAGCAGACCUCCACCCUACCCAAGUCGUUGAAGAAACGACGAUGCCGUGACGAAGAGAAACCAUCCAGGGCAUCGUUCCAGGAGUAUCUUUCAUCAGAUGUUGCUCCAGAUUUUGAUACAAACAAGGAUGGCAACGAGACAGACAAUGAGGUGUUCCGCAGUGGUUCUGAGUCUCCGCAGUACAAGGUGGAAGUUGAGUCGAAGCAGAGAAGGGCGACAGUGAGUGGUGGAUCACCAACCCAUACACGACCACCGCUGGUGAUUGAAGAUCUAGACCAGAAGGAGUCAUCACCCGUCGUAUCUCCUGAUGAUGACACCAGUGAAGAACUGAAGGAUUCUGAGGCAACAAAAGAGGAACAAAGAGAUACCGAGGGGGGAACUUUUGUGGUCAAACAAGUGAAAGCUGACAGAAUAAACUACCGCCAUUCUACGUCAGAUUUGCCACCCAGUACCCUCUGCUCAAAGCCGAAAGAAUUCAGAGCCGAAAUACCAUCUGAGGACUCUUGCUUCAUCUCCACCACACCCACUGCCGACAAGAAUCCCGUGACCACUGUGACAGUUGAAAGCAAGAAAGUUCCCAGCAGCAGCAGCAGCGACAACAGCAUCAGCAGCAGCAGCAACACCAGCAACACCAGCAACAGCAGUGUCACCCCGGAGAGUCCAAACAAAGUCCCAGAUUCUUCUCAAGUAACAGCCAGAUCUUGUAGCACCACAAGCACCAAUAGUACUAGUGCCUACGCUGUUUCCGUGGAUGCCACCCCUGCACAGUCGUCGGUAGCCGAUCGAGCAUAUCACAAGCCGCUCCGGCAGACAAAGUCCCACCACACUUCGGAGACCACUUAUUCAUCCGCGUAUGACUAUGCAGUGCAACGCAAGUUCAGCUGUCCGGUCGACACUACUGUCCACGAUGAAUUUCAGCUCGACUCUGAAGCGAAGGAGUUAAUUUUAAGAAGUGCCAACCACACUCGCCACAAACGCAUCGCAAGCUUUCCUGCCAGUCAGCCGGCCGUUCCUCAGACUGGUCUAUCCUCUGCUACUGACAGUCUCUGCAAAAGAAAUCUUCCCCACACGACAACAACGACGACAAUAACGACCGCCGCUCGACAACUAGUUUCCCAUUCGGCUGACUUCGACAUAGCGCACAGCAAGGGUUUCGGCGACAAUUCUGUCGCCAGCUUCGACACAACAACGCAUCACAAGUGGACACCCGUGGAGCACCGCAGCUGGAGCACGUCGGAGAUCCCGCAAUCUCCGAAUAGGGAGCUGGUGGUAAGAGCAAAAUCUCGAACUAAUUCCGAAGUUGCAUGCGAUGCCAAAAAUACUCCUACCCUUACCAAAAUAACUCGGCUGAAUUCUAUCGGCAGCAAAAUAGACACUUCCAAAGAGCAGGAACAUGAAGACAGAGCUGUCAGACCAGCUGUGAAGAAAGUUGAUUUUGAUGUCACUGCAAAAGAGAAAGCUGAAGAGCCAACAAGUUACACUUGUACUGUAGUGGGCGGUGUUGCCCAAAUGAUACCAAUGGGUAAAAAUACAUCAGAAUCUCAGGUUGUGAGGCGCCGUGCCAAGACAUCAAAACGAGUUGCCGCAGACAGGAGGAUUUCCUGUAAAGAUUUAGGCCGAGGGGAUUGUGAAGGUUGGUUGUACAAGAAGAAACAGAGUGCAGGGCCUCUGGGAAAGAACUGGAAGAAACGAUGGUGUGUUCUAAAGGAAAGCAACAUGUUCCACUACAAGAGAAAUGAUGAUUUGAAAGCUGAGGGUGUGAUCCAUUUACCUGCAUUUAAAGUCUCACCUGCUCCUGAAAUGAAAUCCAAGAAAUUUGCCUUCAAGGUACACAAUGCUGGCACCACAUUCUACUUUGCCUCUGAACGUCAAGAUGACAUGAGCAAGUGGAUGAACAAGAUGGGAUUAGCUGCUAUUAACUAUGAUAUGUCGAAUGUUAGCACAACAGGAGGUUUUAUAAAACCCGACAAACCAGUCAACACCCCUCAUGCUGUACAAACUGAUGUCUACUACAGUGAAAGUGAAGAUGACAAUGAUGAUGCAAGCUCCCAUCAAGAACUUUCAGAACAUUCCGAAGGAAAAGAUUACGACAGCAGUAAUGACGACCUAAAGGAACUGUACAAACAACUUGAAAGACGGAAUCUCACUAUUGUUGGAACGGAUCGCAACCAGCGGCGGAGGAGUCACAUCCAGUCGGCCGACAUGAAAAUGACCGUCUCUGAUGAACAAAUAGACAGAAUGAAAAGAAUUUGUAUAUUGAAACGGUUAUUAAAGGACAAAGAAAUAGAGCUUGAGACUCUAGAGAAUAUCCUUGGGUCUGGAACACCGCAUCAGCUGCAAGAAUACAAAGAGUUAUAUGGUUCAACACAAUCUCUCGGCAGACUCUAAGUCUAUUUCCUGACUCGGGAGACCUUCUUCAGCUGUUCUCUAUCCUCUUGGUUGUUGUGGGGGAGAGCAGCAGGGUGGGGUGGACGCUGCCGCGCUUCAACAUCAACAUUUGCAUCACCAACCAAGCGAGACUUGGGACAGAAAAGCAAUUGUGUGUGGUGGCUUGUAACGGUUGAGUGGAGAGAAAGGAGAAUGAAGAAGAAAGAGAAAAAAAAAAGAUUGAAAGAGAGAGAAAACGAGACUUGUGUGAUUUUGUGAUUAUGAAGACCUCAACACUUAAAGAACUGAAGAAUUAUUUGUUUUCGGUUCUUAUAUCAACUGACUUUUGCCAUGAAUGAGAUUUUUUUAAAAAACCAACACCACAAUUACUAAAACCACCACAACCAGCAUCACAACAGACAACAACGCCAUGACCACCACCACUAACAGUAACAAGCCCAACUGUACAAUUCAUUGAUUUUGUUAUUGUCAUUGGGAUGUUUUCUUCUUUCUCUGAUUUGCAGACAAUCUUAAGCUGUUUUGUUAUUAUUAUUCUUAUCAUUAUUAUUAUUAUUAUUCUUCUCAUUAACAAGGCAGUCAGCUGGCAGAAUCGUUAGCAGGUCGGGCGAAAUGCUGAGCGGUAUUUUAUCUGUCUUUACAUUCUGAGUUCAAAUUCCGCCGAAGUCAACUUUGCCUUUCAUCCUUUUGGGGUCAAUAAAUUAAGUACCAGUUGAGUACUGGGGGUUCGAUGUGAUUGACUAUCCCUCUCCCCACAAAUUCCAGGCUUUGUACCUAUAGCAGAAAGGGUUAUUAUUGUGGCAAGCUGGCAAAAUUGUUAGUCUGCCAGGGUCCUCUUUGCCUUUCCUCCUUUUGGGGGUCAAUGAAAUAAGUACCAGUUGACCACUAGGGUCAUUAUAAUUGACUAGACUCCUCCCACCAAAUUUCAGGCUUUAUGCCCUUAGUCAAAAGGGUUAUUAUUAUUAUUAUUUUUGAUCAGUGGUGAGCUGGCAGAAUCGUUAGCAAGCUGGAGAAAAUGCUUAGCAGCACUUCCCCCUGGAUCUUUACACUCUGAGUUCAAAUUCCACCAAGGCCAACGUUAUCUUCCAUUUUUUUCAAAGUCAAUAAAAUAAAGUACCAGUUAAACACUGGGGGGGUCAAUGUAAUUCACUUACUGCUCCCCUAGAAUUGCUGGCCUUGUACCAAAAUUUAAAACCAAUAUUAUUAUUAUUAUUA